AUGAUAUCCUUUGUUGAUCGAUUCAUUCCGCGUCGAUGGCAUAAUCGUCGCUCAAAGACCACCUCACCUCUAUCGUCGACUUCAGGUCAUUCCCGGCAUUCAUCCUCGGAUUUAUCGUAUACAUUUGACCCAACGCCUUCUCAUUCUUAUUCGUCUUCGAUGAAUAACAGAAAGCGCAGAAGCAUUAUACGACUGUUACCCAAACAAUGGUCGCUUUCCAUCUCUUCGUACAAAGGACAAUAUAAGACAAGAGACAACGGCAUGGCGUCGAAAAUCGAAAUCGAUGAUAUGACAUUUGCGCCGGUAGAACAGAAUUUGUUAACCCAAUGUAUUCAAUCAGCUUUGACGACCCCGGGUCAUCCCAACGAUAAGAAGCGAUGGUCCAUGGAUAUGCUUGACUUUCACUGGAAUGAUCAAAACAGUAAAACUCCGCAUGGUUGGAACCAAUAUCUCACACCUUUCUUGCUUCAACAACAAUAUCAACAACGACAAGAAGAAGAAGCACAACAACAACAACAACAACAGCAACUGGCGGUUUGUCAUUCUCAUUCCAAGCGAAAAUUGACCACCAAGAUUGCCAACUAUAUAUCUCCACCGCCUUCAUGCGGGUAUCGGCUACUGUCGUCCAUCCCUGAGAUCGAAAGUCAAGUCAAUCUUGAUAAGCAGUUGGUGCCAUGA